UUCGGUGAUAGAGUGAGACCCAUCUCAAAGAUAAAAAAUAAAAAAGUUUUGUUGUUUCCAGCUUGUUUCUUUUUUCUCACCAUCUCCAGUAAUGGCUGUAAGCAAUUCAGCUUGUAUUAAAGGCAAAAAGAUACAGUUUUUAGCUCAGUGAAGUGGAAUUGAUGUAAUGCUUUAAUUUUUGGUAUGUUUAUAUGAUUUACUUUCUUUCACUCUUCUAGUUUUUACAUAUUUUUGAUGUAAAAUAUUCAAACUAGUUUUCUACUUCUGAUUUAGGUUCAACCUUAAAGUGCAGUUGCAGAUUCUAGCAAGCUUCAUGCUCACUGGCGUUUCUGGAGGUGCAAAGUAUGCUCAGAAUGGACAACUUUUUGGUCGCUUUAAGCUUACCGAAACACUUUCUGAAGAUACUUUGGCUGGACGACUGGUGAUGACCAAAGUCAAUGCUGUUUAUUUAUUACCAGUCCCUAAACAGAAGUUAGUUCAGACCCAGGGAACCAAAGAAAAGGUUUAUGAAGCUACUAUUGAAGAAAAAACAAAGGAGUAUAUAUUUUUAAGGCUAUCUAGGGAAUGCUGUGAAGAACUUAAUCUUCGGCCUGACUGUGACACACAGGUUGAACUUCAGUUUCAAUUAAAUCGAUUACCCCUCUGUGAAAUGCACUAUGCACUAGACAGGAUCAAGGACAAUGGGGUUUUGUUUCCAGACAUCAGUAUGACUCCCACCAUACCAUGGAGUCCUAACAGACAAUGGGAUGAACAGUUGGAUCCUCGACUAAAUGCAAAACAGAAAGAGGCUGUUCUGGCCAUUACCACUCCACUUUCCAUCCAGCUGCCGCCUGUGCUUAUCAUCGGACCCUAUGGGACAGGCAAAACGUUCACGCUAGCUCAGGCUGUCAAACAUAUUCUGCAGCAGCAGGAGACUAGCAGGAUUCUCAUUUGCACCCAUUCUAAUAGUGCUGCUGAUCUCUACAUAAAGGAUUAUUUACAUCCAUAUGUAGAAGCAGGCAAUCCCCAGGCAAGACCUCUCAGGGUAUAUUUCAGAAAUCGCUGGGUAAAGACUGUCCACCCAGUUGUGCAUCAGUACUGUUUGAUCUCAAGCGCACAUUCCACCUUUCAGAUGCCCCAGAAAGAAGAUAUUCUUAAACAUCGUGUGGUGGUUGUUACAUUGAAUACUUCGCAGUACCUCUGUCAGUUGGACCUUGAACCUGGGUUUUUUACACACAUUCUAUUAGAUGAAGCUGCCCAGGCCAUGGAGUGUGAAACCAUUAUGCCCCUAGCAUUAGCAACUCAAAACACUCGGAUUGUCUUGGCUGGUGAUCACAUGCAGCUCAGUCCUUUUGUUUACAGCGAGUUUGCCAGGGAGAGAAACCUUCACGUUUCAUUACUUGACCGACUCUAUGAGCAUUACCCUGCUGAGUUCCCAUGUAGGAUUCUCCUGUGUGAGAACUACCGCUCCCAUGAAGCUAUCAUCAAUUAUACCUCUGAGCUUUUCUAUGAGGGCAAACUGAUGGCCAGUGGGAAGCAGCCAGCACACAAAGAUUUCUACCCACUAACUUUCUUUACAGCACGAGGAGAAGAUGUACAAGAAAAAAAUAGCACAGCUUUUUAUAAUAAUGCAGAGGUGUUUGAAGUGGUGGAACGCGUAGAAGAGUUAAGAAGGAAGUGGCCAGUAGCGUGGGGGAAGUUAGAUGAUGGCAGUAUUGGUGUGGUGACUCCAUAUGCUGAUCAAGUGUUUAGAAUACGUGCUGAACUUCGAAAAAAGAGAUUAUCUGAUGUUAAUGUAGAAAGGGUGCUAAAUGUUCAAGGAAAGCAGUUCAGAGUUUUGUUUCUUAGCACAGUACGUACAAGACAUACUUGUAAACAUAAACAGACACCAAUUAAAAAGAAAGAGCAACUUCUGGAAGAUUCCACAGAGGACUUAGAUUAUGGUUUUUUAUCUAACUACAAGCUUCUCAAUACUGCCAUCACAAGAGCACAAUCCCUGGUUGCUGUGGUGGGUGAUCCCAUUGCUCUGUGCUCUAUUGGAAGAUGCAGGAAAUUUUGGGAACGGUUUAUUGCCCUGUGUCAUGAAAACAAUAGCCUACAUGGAAUCACUUUCGAACAGAUCAAAGCUCAGUUAGAGGCUUUAGAACUAAAGAAGACAUACGUGUUGAAUCCACUGGCACCUGAAUUUAUCCCCCGGGCUCUAAGACUGCAGCAUUCAGGAAGUGCCAACAGACAGCAGCAAUCACCACCCAAGGGGAGAGGUCUUCAUCAUACCCAGAAUGAUCACUUCCAGAAUGAUGGAAUUGUUCAGCCCAAUCCUUCUGUACUUAUUGGCAAUCCUAUUAGAGCAUAUACUCCUCCACCCCCUCUUGGACCUCAUCCAAAUUUGGGAAAAUCUCCAAGCCCUGUUCAAAGAAUAGAUCCUCACACUGGGACAAGUAUUCUCUAUGUACCUGCUGUCUAUGGAGGGAAUGUAGUUAUGUCGGUGCCUUUACCUGUACCAUGGACAGGAUACCAGGGUAGGUUUGCAGUUGAUCCUCGAAUUAUUACCCAUCAGGCAGCAAUGGCCUAUAACAUGAACCUGUUACAGACACAUGGACGAGGAUCUCCUAUUCCUUAUGGCCUUGGACAUCACCCACCUGUCAGCAUAGGCCAGCCACAAAAUCAGCAGCAGGAGAAGGAUCAGCAUGAGCAAAAUCGAAAUGGUGAGUUGUACUUUGCUGUUCUCCUGUUCCUAAACUGAUGACAUGUAAAGUUUUGGCCACAUGGCAACUUCUUUAACAGUAUAAUUGUUAAUUUUUUCAUGAACUAUAGACCUUUUCGAGAGAGAAUAAACUGAAUCCUCUCUCCAGAAGAUAGAUUAUGUAUACAGAUACAAAAUUGAGAUGUAACUUCAGAGGGUCCUUUAGGUUAAACUCUACCACUUAUGAUUGGUGUCACUGAGUUCCUGAAAAAAAUACUAAAUUUGAAUUAUUUAGAGUACUCUAAAAUGGUGGUCAUUUAAAAUUGAGAUGGAAGGUCCUCUCCUGUUAAACAUUUUUGUUAAUUUGAAAUACUUUUGUGGUAUUUUGUGGUACUAAGCAUUAAUGU